AUGCAGGAACAAGGGGAAACGACGGUUUCCAUUCGGGCCUUGCCAAGCAAUGAGGCGGUUCAAGUGACUGUGGAUCGUUCCUCACCACUUGGCGACAUUAAGAAGGUUCUUGCCGACAUGUUUGACCGUCCAGAGAUCGCCACGGAUGGGCAGUUUCUGAAACAGAUGCCAAAUGGUGCCACGGUCAAGAUGCAUGACGCGCAGAAGAUUGGCACGAGGCGGGAACUGCUUUACGAGGGACCACCGUUGUCUGCACCGUCAGAGGGGGUACCAUUGACAAACCUAGAAGAGUUCGAUGGAUACGAUGAGAAUGUGGAAGUUUUGUCACCUCGCUCGCUGCGCGCACUGGAACUGCAGGGUGUCUCAGCUGAUGAGUUGUAUUAUGCUCCGGCAGAGUGCUUCUGGGAGCCGGACCUGGACAGAAGGAUUAUGCAGUUGCACCACGACUUUUUCGAGGCUUGGAGACAGGACACCUUGUCCAUGUGUCGGGCGCAGAGGCUUCGAAUCGUCAAGCAGGACGUCGGUGCAGACACGGAGCUGGACAAAAGCACGCGCGAUUGGAUGAAAUCGAUCAACUGCAGCAAGCAGGAUGAUGGUGUGGAUCAGUUGUCCGUGUCUCCUACAUCCAUGCCACGCUUCUUGAACACUGCAGGGUCCCCUGAAGAGCAGAUCGCAGGAACCGGUGGCAACUGGGCUGGCAUCCUCGAGCCGCAUGUGUACCCGCUCACCAAUCAGUUCUUUGAGGAUUUGCAGUAUUGGAUGCAGAUGGAGAAGGUAUUGGAGCGAGCACAUCCUGGUGACUACCCUGCGCAUGUCAAAGCGGACAACAAGCCUGCGAAAGGCCGGCCUGUUCAUGGUUCCAUGGUGCUGGACGCUUCCGGGCGGACUGCGAAGGAAGCACUCGAAGAAGUUGAGAGGCAGCGGCGGAGAAGCUCCCGUGAAAGGCACCAGAUAUUGGAGUGCGUCGUUGCCGAUGCUGAGUCUUUGGUUGCGGUGGCAGAUGCGCAGAAGAAGCGUGUUCACCAUCACAUUCAGGAGGUCAACUCAUGGCGGGGUCAUCGAGAAGCAUGUAGUCAGGAGAGCCGCGGACCAUGGCAGAACCAUGCACAGGAGACAAACUUCGCCAAUGCCUACCGCCGUUGCGAUUCCUGGCAUCACCGUCGUGAGGAUGUCCACAAGGGACAGAUUCGUGCCGAGGAUGCUCGCUACGAGGCAACAGUCAAGUUGGCCGAGCGAGAUGUGGAGGUGAAGUUGCGUGUUGGACGUAUGCGAGACAUGGCCAAAGUAAAGUUCUCAAGGCAGUGGAUCGAGCGCAGAACGCGGUGGCUCAGAGGACAUGCCAUGGCAAGCAAAGCAAGCGACGCCUCCAAGAUCGCGAUCAUCAACAAGCAGAAGAACGCGCAGGCACGCAUUCAUGAUCGCAAUGUUCGCGUCGCAAAGUUGAUCGAGGUGAAAAAGGAAUUUAAGGCUUUGCGUCGAAUGAUGAAUCGUCUAACCAGCUUGGCGGGCAGGAGGGAAGCGAGACGCCGUGAGCAGCGACGCCAGGAUGUUGUGAAGCGGCUGACUUCCUUUGCGGACGAGGCUGAGGCACAUUCGAGGUCUCGCGAGGUAACCGGCACGCCAAAGGGCUGGAGAGCCAAGCGCCCGCAGCAUUUGUCCUUCAUGUCCACAGCCUCUCCAGAAUCCACAGCAACCUUAUUUAGCCCGGCUUCAACCAGCUUAGUGUCAGCAUCAACGCUGAGUGGAGGGGAAAGGAGACAUGUGAAACGUUUCCCCCGAUUUGACUUCGGCCGCUUUGGCGCAGAAUCUCUGGCAGUAUCUGGAGCCAGCGGGCCGGGUAUGCAGAAGAGUGCCUCCUUGCCAGCGUGA